AUGUGUAACACAUUCUCAUUAAAGAACCCUCUUCACAAUAUUGUUUUGAAAGCCGUUGUAACAUCUGUAAAUGAAGCUACUUUAUUGGCGUUGGGGAUACUUCGGUAUCGAGGUCUGCUACCCGCGUCUUCACCUGUAGAUACACAUUUUUAUAUCAACGUGUUUGCGUGGCUUUGGCUCCGCGUCGCUUUGCGGUAUUUAUUGUUUGCAGCUGAACUGAAUUACACAUUCAUUUACUUCAUUAAGAAGUUGGAUGCAGGUUUAGUGAAACUAAAGUCAAGACAGGGACGAGCUGAUCCAACUCAAAAGGAAGUCCAUAGCCAUGUUGAAUCAGUCCUACUUAGGAAGUUGUCGACUAGAAAACCGCAACACUUCAAUCCUUCCUUGGCCAGGACCGACUGUAACAAGCGCCUUUCAUUUGCGAUUCGACCGCUGGCUGUGUCGUAG